UCAUAUAAAAAUCGGUUUAGUGGUUUUGGAGUGAAAACCGAAGAGACAGACUUGUGCAUUUAUAGUAAGGAUUACCUACAUUAACAUAAAGUCUUUAGUUCUACAAGCAUGCGUCUGUUUAUGCGUGGCUUACGCAUUCGUUGAUGAGUAGGUCAUUAGUAUUUUGUCAGUUUAUAGUACGUUAUUUAAUUAAUUAUUGAGUACAGAUAUGAUUAACCUUAUUUGGUGUACUUUGUAGAUGUUAAACUUCGGAGUAUGCAGAAAUAUCUCGGUCAAGUACUUGUUUAGUACAGAUAUUUGCAACCUCAGUAAUAACAUUCGGCCACAAAGUCAGUUGCACAUUACAUAUAAAUAUUAGUGUCUCGAUAAACACAGCACAGAACACAACAAGAACAACAAUGAAGGUGAUACUUUUAUCUGGUGUGUUCGCCGUCGUCGCGCUGACUGCUUCGGGAGCCCCGACAUACUCCGAGGGGAACCAGCCACGAUAUGUGCAGCAAAUGGAAGAGUAUCCCCGGGACCGGCGAUCACACUACGCCGCGCAGCUGGUGUCACCGUGUGCAGCCGCCAACUCCAUCCAGGUUCCUGUGAGUUCCGUGCCCGUGGCAGCCUUCGCCUCGCCCUCAUACCAGGCGUACUCCGUCCCCCAAUACGGAUACGCCGUGCCGCACUACCGCUCCGUGGACGAACAGCUAGAGUCUGAGCUGUUAGGCUUCUCCGACAUGGACCAGGGCAUGCAGGGACAUAUGCCCGCAGCCAGGCUGGGAGGAUAUGGAGCAGUUUCAUCUGGAGGUGUGUCUCCUGGCCUCUCCGCUGCCUCGCUGGGAGGUCGGAUACUGACACAGGCGACAAGCGGGACUGCGCUCGGAGUGUUCCCCAACGCUAACGUGGGUGGCUGCAGCGUUCCCCUGCUGUUCAGCUGCUCGCCCUCCAUAGUGUCGGGACAUAUGGCGGAGUCUCACGGGCUCGCCUCAGCGUACGGCGGUGCAGUGGGUGCAGUGGGCGCGGCGGGCGCAGUUGGCGGAGCCAGCUCCUACAGGUUGGUGGACGAGGCGAUGCAACAAGCGGUGGACUCCCACGAACACCACGAUGAAGAUCUGCUUACCAACGAGCACAUCAGCCAGAACCACGAAACCAGUCAUGUCACGCACCAAUAAGUGAUCUGCAUAGUGUAUUAGAUUAAGAUAGUAUUUAUUACCUUAAUGUAAAGUUAUUUCAA